AUGUAAAACAAAAUUCUUGAUAGCGUUUUUGUUUGUUUGAUCUAUGCUUUCUGUUCGAUGGCAUUUUCAUUUUCAGCUAAGUUUCUUUUCAAAAUCUUUGCCUUCCACAAUACUACAAUUUUACUUCUCUAUGAGACAACAAUUAAUAUUGUCAUUUGCACUUUAUAUAAAAUAAUCAAAUACAAUAAGGAAAAGAAGGAAAAGAAAGACUCUUAGAUGUCCAUCUCAUAAUUGAUUGUCACACAAUUCAAAGAAAGAAUGAAAUAAAAUAAAUUAACUAUUCCAUUUUCCAUCACCUAUGGAACUGGUGCCUACUGCGGAAUGACAGCCUUAUCCAAGAUUAGCAUACCACUCUUUCUAGCAUUGAGAAGAACCUUGAUAUUUUUUGUCUUUGUUGUUCAAAUUCUGAUGGGAAAAUAGAACUAAUAAAUAAGCUUCAAAUUUAUUAUUUCAGUACUUUUUAUUACUUCAGGAGCAAUUAUAGCAGGUUUGGAUCACUUCAAUGAUGAUAUUUAAGGAUAUGUAUUAUUGAUAAUUAAUAAUAUGCUCUCUGCUUUGAGUCUGCAUAUGGCCUAAAACCUAAACUAAUCGUAAUAAUUCAGUCCCUUUGACUUAGUUUAUAAUAAUAGCAUCAAUUUAUGGCCAGUCUUAUUGAUAAUAAGCAUAGUUACUAAAGAUAUUUAAUCAUUUUUUGAAUUUGAAUCCCUCUAUCGAACAGAAUUUAUGCUAAGUUUCUCUUUAGUCGCAUUAUUUGGUUUCUUUUUAAAUUUAGCUACGUAUAAUUGCACAAUGAAAAAUUCACCAUUUGCAAUUGCAUUAACUCAUAAUAUAAAAGACAUCUUUUCAACUGUUUUGAGUAUCUUAGUAUUUGCAGACAUAUAGCCAGAUACAUUUUUGACUUUUGGAAUUUCGUUGUCGUUUGUUGGAUCAUUCAUUUAUUCAUUAACCAAGAUGCAAGAGAUAAAAAAGAAAUAAUAACAAACUAUUGAAUUGACAAAUCAAGAAAUUAAAGUUUUAAUUAAAUAAUGA